CUCCUUCAAGCGAAUGGGAUCCUCCUCUUUUUCCCUCACUCAUUCUGUAAUGCCUCCGCGCUUCUUGUCGAUCUUUUGGCUGCCACAGCCAAACAGUUGUAACUCGUGUCGCUUUGUUGACACGUUGUAAAGCAAUACAAUAACUACUUCUGUGGGAUUGUUAUUGUGCGCUGUAAUCAUUAGGGUCUGCUGUUUUUCUAGUAGACAUCACUAGUAUUCGUGACCUGAAGUGACUGACUAUAGUCGUGUUGCCAGAGCUUAGUAGCAGUAGCCAUGGUUUUCUGUUACUGUCCGACCAAUUUCUGUCGGAUUACUUGGUGUGAUUGACAGUUUGAGGUGAAUAAGUUUAUUAAUACAAGAGGAGGAAUCCCGCAGAAGAUUCGAUGAAAGUCAUCACCAGUAGACGCUUGGAAGAUUUGGCUGUUGUCUGUGCUGUAUGUGCGGUACAGUAGACUAGAGGUGGGCAAGACGUUUGAGGCUACAGCCAGGAAGAAUGGAGAAGCAAGAUGUAAGAAUUAUCAGAAAAGGAGAAGAAGAUGAAAUGGAAAUUUAUGGUUACAAACUAUGCCGAUGGAAACUGACGUUGGUUGGUAUAGGAGUAAUUCUUACUGGAGGUUUUCUUGUCCUGUUACUCUACUGGAUGCCAGAAUGGUGUGUAAAGGCAACUUGCAGCAGCAGUUCUCUAAAAGACUGCAAUGUUGUCCUUCUGAGAACAACUGAUGAAUUCAAGAUCUGGUCUCGAGCAAAGGUACGCAUUCAGCUUGUACCAGGAAGAAAACCGUUUGAAAACAUGAACUUUAAGGAGAACAAGGCAGCCACAAAUGGUCAUAUAAUUCCAGCUGAUGGUCUAUUUGAGAUGAAUGGAACACAUUUUAAGAGUUGUUCAGAAGAUGAAACAGUGGAGGUACGGUAUUUUACCCACCAUAGCUUAAAGUAUUAUUGGAAUGAUGAGAUCCAGAACUUUGAUGACUUAAAGGGCCUAGAAGUAGGAGUGUUCUGUUCUGUUGUUCACACCAGACAUAGUAAAGGAAUCAACAAGAAGACACAAGAUUAUAGGAGGCUCUUUUUUGGAGUAAAUGAAAUUGAUGUAAAAGUGCCCUCUUCUUUCAAACUCCUUGUGAAAGAGGUGCUGAACCCUUUCUACAUAUUCCAACUCUUCAGUGUUAUUCUUUGGAGUACAGAACAAUACUAUUACUAUUCGGGAGCAAUUGUUGUCAUGUCUGCUGUAUCUAUUGUGAGUUCAUUGUACACUAUUAAAAAGCAAUAUACUACGUUACAUGACAUGGUUGCAGCUCAUAGUGUCGUCAAAGUCUCUGUGUGCAGAGACAGAGACGAAGUGGAAGCAGUUCUGUCCACUGACCUUGUACCUGGUGAUGUCAUCGUAAUUCCAGCCAAUGGAAUAAUAAUGCCAUGUGAUGCAGUACUUAUCAGUGGUACUUGUAUUGUGAAUGAAAGCAUGUUGACAGGUGAAAGUGUCCCAGUAACAAAAACCAACUUACCAAAUCCUACAAGAAACCCAGACGGUGUGGAGAAUGAUGCAGUCUACAGUCCUGAUGAACACAAGCGGCAUACACUGUUUUGUGGGACAAAUGUCAUCCAGACAAGAUUUUAUUCUGGGGAGCUCGUCAAGGCAGUAGUGAUUAGAACAGGAUUUAGUACUUCCAAAGGGCAGCUUGUUCGAUCAAUAUUAUAUCCAAGACCAACUGAUUUUAAGUUGUACAGAGAUGCAUAUCUUUUUCUACUUUGCCUUGUUUUGGUGGCAGCAGUCGGGUUUAUUUAUACUAUUGUCAACAGCAUAUUAAAUAAGGUUCCUGCUGGCACCAUUAUCGUUGAAUCUCUGGACAUCAUUACCAUCACUGUGCCACCAGCACUACCUGCUGCCAUGACCGCCGGAAUUGUUUAUGCACAGAGAAGGCUAAAGAAGAUUGGCAUAUUUUGUAUAAGCCCUCAGAGGAUUAAUAUUUGUGGGCAGCUUAAUCUUGUGUGUUUUGACAAGACUGGUACACUGACUGAAGAUGGAUUAGACCUAUGGGGAGUCCAUAUAGCAGAUGGAACUAGUUUUCUUUUACCAACAGACAAUGUCUGUACAGAGAGCCUGGUGAAGUCCCAGUUUGUUGCCUGUAUGGCAACCUGCCAUUCUCUAACAAAAAUUGAAGGAGAGCUGUCUGGUGACCCCCUGGAUUUGAAGAUGUUUGAAGCCACUGGAUGGAUUCUGGAAGAAGCUACUGAAGAAGAAACUACUUUGCACAAUCAGAUGAUGCCUACAGUUGUAAGACCGCCAACACAGUUUCUCCCAAAACAUCAACCUGCAACUAAUCAAGACAUGGAAUUGUAUGAACUUACGACUAGGUAUGAAAUAGGUAUAGUGCGUCAGUUCCCAUUUUCUUCUGCUCUUCAACGUAUGGUAGUAGUUGCAAGGAUUCUGGGAGAGAAGAAGAUGGAGGUUUAUUUAAAGGGUGCCCCUGAGGUGGUUGCUAGUCUGUGCAAGAAAGAGACAGUUCCAAGUGAUUUUUCUGAGGUGUUGGAAGAUUAUACAAGGCAAGGUUUCCGUGUUAUUGCACUAGCACAUCGAAAGUUGGAGUCCAAGCUUAGUUGGCAUAAAGUACAGAGUGUUAGCAGGGAUGUUCUUGAGAAGAACUUGAAUUUCCUUGGGUUGGUUAUAUUGCAGAACAAAUUGAAGGAAGAAACCCCAGCUGUUCUUGAAGAAUUGCGGAAAGCCAAUAUCCGAACUGUAAUGGUUACAGGUGACAACAUGCUCACUGCUAUCUCAGUAGCCAGAGAUUGUGGUAUGAUUCUUCCCCAAGACAAAGUGAUUGUUGCAGAUGCAGUACCUCCAAAAGAUGGGCACGUUGCUAGAAUAAAUUGGCAGUAUGCAGAUAAACCUACCUCAUCUGACUCAUUUGACAUAAAUGCAGAGCAUGUACAGAUAAACAUGGAAGGUAUGAACUCAAGGAACCUACAGACAGAGCACUAUCAUUUUGCAAUGAAUGGAAAGUCAUUUUCUGUAAUAACGGAACACUUCCUGGAUCUUGUGCCAAAGCUGGUGUUGCAUGGUACUGUGUUUGCCCGAAUGGCACCUGAUCAGAAGACACAACUGGUGGAAGAGUUGGAGAAUGUAGACUACUACGUUGGCAUGUGUGGUGAUGGUGCAAAUGACUGCAGUGCAUUGAAGAGAGCUCAUAGUGGUAUAUCUCUUUCCGAACUUGAAGCUUCUGUGGCAUCUCCCUUCACUUCUAAGACACCCAAUAUCUCCUGUGUACCAAACCUCAUCAGGGAAGGGCGAGCUGCUUUAAUAACAUCAUUCUGUGUGUUUAAGUUCAUGGCGUUGUACAGCAUUAUCCAGUAUGUUACAGUGACACUUCUGUAUUCUAUUCUCAGCAAUAUGGGAGAUUUCCAGUUCCUCUUCAUUGACACAGCAAUCAUUCUUGUGGUGGUUUUCACUAUGAGCUUAAAUCCUGCCUGGAAGGAACUUGUUUCACAGAAGCCCCCUUCUGGAUUAAUAUCUGGCCCACUGAUGUUUUCUGUUCUCUCCCAAAUUCUUAUAUGUAUUGCAUUUCAAGCAUUGGCAUUCAUUUGGGUUAAACAGCAGCUCUGGUACGAAGUAUGGACCCCAGAUUCUGAUGCAUGUAACAAGUCGGCAGCUGUCAACAGCAACUCUUCACACCUCGGGAAUGUAACUCAUGAUGAGCACAACAUUGUUAAUUAUGAAAACACAACUUUGUUCUUCAUCUCCUGCUUUCAGUACCUUAUAGUGGCAAUUGUUUUUUCCAAAGGGAAGCCCUACAGACAGCCUUGCUAUAAAAAUUUUUUAUUUGGUGGCUCUGUACUGAUUCUUUAUAUCUUCAUAUUAUUCAUUAUGUUGUAUCCUGUCGAAGGUAUUGACAGAUUUCUACAGUUAGUCUGUGUACCGUAUCAGUGGCGUAUUACAAUGCUUGUGAUUAUAAUAGUAAAUUCAGCAGUGUCUUUUUUUACGGAGACAAUCUUCCUUGACAUCAUCCUUUGGAAACUUGUGUUCAGCAGAGACAAGCAAGGAGACUGCCGCUUCACCACCACAGUGACACAACAGGAAGCUGUUGACCAUUGGGGGAGUAGGUGCUUAUCUUUUCUUUUCCGUCGCAGAAGAAAGCAAAAAACGUAUGUGCGCUUAGCACAAGAACUGUUAGUGGAUCCAGACUGGCCACCAAAACCCUUAACAACAACAGAAGCAAAAAAUUUACAUCAAGAAAAUGGAAGUAAAGUAAUUGCAGAAUGAUAUGCAGGUUUUAAAGAAUAAAUCCCAUUACUUGGCUUGACAUAUACUUUGUAUUAUGUUGUACCAUGUUUACAUCUGCCCUUUUCUGUAAAAUAGAAAAAGUUUGUAUAGUUUUCUGUAAAUAUUUUGAAUUGUUUCAGUUUUUCAAAAUUGAUUCUUAAAUAUAUGUUGAUUCUUAAAGAUGUACAAUACUUGACUUUGACAGAUGCUUGAAAUGAAAUCCAUUUUAACUGUAGUAUAUGUAUUUAUGUAAAUAUUUGUAAUUACUGGUGGAACUAUACAGAAAUAUUACCAAAAUUGUUUAAACUUAAUUGCUUUUGAAAAUGUAGUGUAGUAAUUUAUGGAAGGUUAUAUAUACUAAAAUGUCCCAUAUACUAUAAUGCACAUUUAUUUAUUUUCUGUUUAUCAGUUCAUGUUUAUAAAAGCACUGUUUUCAAAAUACUUGUGUAAAGAAUUUAAAACCUUUUCAAACAGAAGGUAUUCUUAUUUUCUAUAGUUUACCCCCAGAUGUGCUCCACAUAUUUGAAUGAUGUGCUUAAGUCAAAUAACUGGUGAGGUAUAACAGUUCACAUGCUCAGUUUGUAUUCCAAAACAGUAAUAACAGUACAGCGGGUCAUAUAAAGAUAAGAGUGUAAAAUAAAAAAAACACACUGGAGGCAAACAAAUGGAAUUAGUGUUUUUAUUCAGACAGUCUUGAACUUCUUGAGAAAUUAAUCAAACUCAUUUAGAUUCAUUACAUGUUGCAUAAGAUUAUCCUGUGACUAAAAGUGAAACUUGAUUGCAUAAAAGCAACCAUUCAUAAACGCAUUAAAAUGGACGUCUGAUUUUAUAAUUCAGUGUUGCAAUACACCAACAUUCCAAAAUCUACCUAGAGUUCAGUUUACAAUGCACAGUAGAUACAAAAGAAUUCUCAAAAAUAUUUUAACAGAAACAUUUUUAAAACGAUGUUAUAAUAAAUAUAUAUAUACAUAUUACCAACUUUAAAUGUUAUUGAGUAUCUAUAUAAUUAGAAAACAUUUAAAAUUUAAUCAGGAGUUUUACAUUAAAAAAAAUAAUUUGCCCAUGUGGUUCACAUUAGCUAAAAGGGAAGGUUGAGUUUCCCCACCUCCACACCAUAAUCAGCAAUUUGCUGUAAAAAAGAAUAUUAUCCAGUGAUUAAAAGAAAGAAAAGCAAUAAUUCAGUUUUCAAACACAAAAAGAUAUGUAAGGAAUUUAUCAGAAUUUGAAUGCCAUGCGCUGCAGCAAGUUGCUGACAACAUAGAAUUUCCUAAGUUAAAUGAGCACUUAAAUUUUAAAUGCUUUUUUUUUAAUUGAGAUUCCUUCGGCUGUAAAAGAACAUAGCUGUAAUAUGUAUAUAGACAUACAAUGGGUAAGCAUUUUAAGUUGGUUGCAUACUUGUAUUUCUUUAUUUUUAUUAUAAACUGAAACAAUGUAUCCAUUGUGUGUCCUAAAAUUAAACUAGUUAGAUUUUGGAAUGUAGGUAGAGUUCAGAAUUGAAUUUAUAAAAUUAGAAGUCUUUUUAAAUGUUGUUUGAGUGUUUUUUCUGAAUAAUACAAUUAGAAGUACUUUUUAAUGUCAUGAAUGGUUGUUUUUGUGCAGUCAUAUACAGUUUCACAUUCUUAGUCAUGUGAUACUCAUGGCAUAUAAUGAAUGUGAUUGAGUGUGCCGUUUGUCUGAAGUACAAUACUGUUUGAAAGAAAAUACUGAUAUUAAAGAAUAUGUCCUGCUGUAAGUCUGAAUUUUUAUUUUGCAGUUUGUAGUUCCACCCAAAAAAUAUUAUGAUGCAGAGAUGUGAGAUGUUCAUCAUAUUGUUCACUUUUCUAGUUGGGAUAAUAUAUGAGUAUUUUGAUGCAGAAAGCCUGACAUCUGGCCUGGCUUCCAUAGGUUUUCACACUUCUCCCUCCUGGCUGGGCACCAUCUAUGCCAUCUUCAUUUCUUUUUUUCUGUACAGUACAAGAAAGUUAUUGGGUCAGUGAGACUUUUGUCUCCUCAGUUUGUUGGUUCAGCUUGAUUUCCAGAGUACAGGUAAGUACCCUAUUAAGGAAAAAAAUCUUAUUUUAUAUUGUGUGUUUCUUGUACCAAGAAAGAAUUCUCAUUGUAAGUACAACUAGUGCAUCUCAGUCAGGAAGUCCCAUUCACGCUACGCCCAGACAUCCAGUUGUCCCAGACUCCACAGACAUAGAAUGUGAGUGGCCCUUUAUGGAAAACUGGGGAUUUGGGGGACUUAGAUAAAAAAACAAAACUCGGAGAAAAAACACGUAAUCAGAGAGAUUAUGGAUGUAUUGUUUAGUGAUAAAAACCUUCAGACAGAGAAGGCAGGUAGGCAAGGAACCUGCAUAGCCUCAUGAACAGCACAACACUGCUGUGGUAUGUUAAUAAGCAAGAGGGAGCCCACUAAUACCAAUUAAAAAAGCUGGCCAUGGAGACUGUAGUUGAACCAAGAAUCAGGAAUGACUCUCAGGACAUUUUACAGCUCUUCCCAGAAGAGUAUCCUAGCAGACCAGUUGAGCAAAACUGAGGCAGACCUUCAGGAAUGGGGUCUAUGUUAAAUAUUCGAACAUCCAAAAUGUUGAACAUUACAUGGUUGAGACCAGAUGUUCGACAUUUGGAUGUUCAAAUAUUAAAUAAAAAAGAACUGAAACAAGAAAAACGCACCAUAACCCUGCACCCCCCCCCACUUAAAUAUACCAACUCUGAGACCGCACUUCAGUGCAGAAAAGGGAAAUUCUCCCUAUCUGCACCGUACGGUGCCGUUGAAAGUCAGUCUUCGAACACUUGCAAUUUCGAACAUUUGGUCUCGACCAUGUAACGUUCGAAAUUUUGAGCGUUCAAAGAACUGACAUAGACCCCAGGAAUGGAUGUUGUAAAGGGCUGCAUGGCUGGAUUUAUUCCACAGGUGAUAUAUAGGAGGGUAUCUGCCUGGCCAGGAGCAGAAAGGUUGAAAAGUUCUGGAAGUCAGGUCAUUCAUCAGACCUUCUGCAUCAAAAGUCCCAAGUGUUAUCAGUGUUGCAGCAGUGAGCAUAUUUGAACAUCUAUGGUUAUGGUAAGUUCUUAACACAACUAACUCCUUUGUUGAAAGUUACAUUGUAGAUGUGUGUAUUCACAACUUUGCACAAAUGCACGUUUUUGUGGUACUGAAAUAACAGAAUGUGUUUAUCUUAAAACACAUAGUUGGUUUGAAAUGUGAAUCGAGGAUCAGCAUUAUUCUUUGUGCUUUGUCAUUGAUCUGUUCAAUAAAAUGAACAAAUACA